UCAGACUCUGUCUCUCUGUCUCUGUCUCAACUGCAGUUGCGGCAUUUGACGGAUGUUCCCUUCUUCCAUAGACCUGAUCACCGCGAAUGAGAAGGAACUGUAACUUGCAGUUUAGCCUGCAGUCUGCUUCAGCUUCUCUCUCUUCAGUAGAUUUCCGUCACCCAGACCACCAUCCAGAUCAGAUGGAAGGGUCGAGCGGGAGGCAGGAAGAGCAGCAGCAGCUGACAAUAUUCUAUAACGGUGAUGUCUGCGUUUCCGAUGUUACUGAACUACAGGCGAGAGCAAUUCUAGUGUUUGCAAGCAGAGAAAUGCAGCAAAGAAUGACAGCUACAGUGGCCGUGACCGAUCCGCAGCAGCCCAAUUCGCCAAGCAGACGACCACCACCAGCUGAGCUCCAUAGCCCCACUGACACCGGUCUUUCCAUGAAGAGAUCGCUCCAGCGAUUCCUCCAGAAAAGAAAGCUUCGCUACCGAGCUACAUCUCCCUAUCACAUGGACCAGUAGUUGUUCUAUCUAUCACACGGACAACUUCUUGAUAGGCCCUUCAAUGGAGUCCUGUUCGAUGGAUUAGGCGUUGCCAAUUGAGCGAACUCAGGAGGUUCUCGAUCCUGUUUUGAACAGAUAUUUCGACUCGAGUGUGGACUUUUUUUUCUACGCAGUAAUUGAUUGAUCAUGGUGGAUGUCCUGAUCUUUCUGUGAAGUCUAAUCUCGACUUCACGGACUGAGGAAACUCCAUAUAUCGAUCUAAUUUGGGUUGAAGAUGUAAAGUUGGACGUGUAA